AUGGCUAUGUGGACACUCUUAAAUUGUCAAGCUCAGUCUGUGAGUGGCAUCAGAAUGGAGAGGGUGUUUUAUUUUAACUAUUUACCAGAAAUUACUAUCAUGAGUACUAUAAAAGAACGAAGUGAAGCAAAUAGUUUGGCAUCAACUCCCAUCCUAACAUAUUCUGAGCCUAAUACACCACCAGCCUCUGAUAUCUACAUUAAUUUAUCAGAACCCAGUUUGCAAAAUGUAGGUGAUGACGUGACGGAGUAUAUCAAAGAACUAAAAGGAAAUAUAAAAGAUAUGAAGAGUCAUAUUCAUAUACAGAAUAGGUAUAUUGAAGAUUUGACCGAGAAAUAUGAAAAUAGUUUGGAUACUAUAGUGGAAUUAAAUAAUAAAAUUCACCAAUUAGAGAGAGAUGUACAAACGUGGAGGGUUCGAGCUAGAUCUCAAGAACUUAGCUCAUCUAUGCUGAAACACGACGUGAAUGAAUUACGAGAUACGAUAGUCUUAUUAAGGCGGGAGAAUAUUGAAAUUAUCGAACACACUCCAGUUUCACAGACGUUAAGCAAUUAUAAAUCAGACGUAAAAAUUCCUGACCAGAAGAUCCAAUUCAAUUUCGAGAGUAGAUCAACCAAUAAUGAACCGAAAACUAAGAGGUCGAAUAAGAAGGGUAAUCAGAAUACGAAGAUCCAGUCAACUUUUGAUGUAAGUGGUUUGACAAGUAAUCAAAAUACGAAAAGCAUGCCAGCUUUUGAUUUAAGCGGCUUGACAGCACAAUCUAAUAAUAAAUCAUCAAACGCAACAAGGUUAAACAAGCCUUCUUUGUUGAAGAAGAGGGUCAAGCGGAAUCAACCGGACAUACCUAACCUCCAUCUUGACUUCCGGUCAAUAAGACAACGACCUAUUAACCAAAGUUCCUCGCCCCUUGAUACGCAAUCAUCCAUUAACAAUCUCAACCAUCAGCGAUUGCCUUCGUUAUCUUUUUCACGUGAUCUCUCCAAACAAUCAAAACAAUUUAGAAAGAGUACACCCCGUCCAUCAAGCCUGACAGAUAUACAGACCAACGAUGUCAUUUUCUCGCGGUUAGAAUUGACAUCGUCAAAGUGUAUUCAUUCUCCAAGGACUAGUGGUAAUCCAAAUACAAGACAUUUAUCACAAAUAGUUAAAGGAAAUUCACCGAAUUUAUUGUCGAGACGUCCAUAUACUUAA